AUGGGUGGUUGUUGUUCUGUAAUGCGCCGUAAGGGCAAAAGGUUUUUGAAUAUAAAUAAAUUUGAAGUCAUCGAGGGACGACGUUAUCAAAUACUUGACGAUACAAAUUAUGCAUUACCAAACGAUAUCGACGAAGAAGAAAGAUUGGAUUUACAACAUGAUUAUAUGAAACUUGGGUUUGACGGUAGAAACUUUUCAGCACCCGUUGAUGCACUCUUAAGAAGAGGUGCAAAAGUUUUGGAUGUUGGAUGUGGUGCGGGUAGUUGGGUUCUUGAUUUAGCCAAAGAAUAUCCCAAUUCUUAUUUUGUCGGCUUGGAUAUUGCGCCCGUAGUUCCUCCAGAAAAGAAACCCGAUAAUGUCGAGUUUAUAGAAUACAACGUGCUCGAUGGACUUCCGUAUAAAUCAAAUUCAUUCGACUUUGUAUAUGCCAGAAUUCUCCUGUCAGUCUUUACAAGGGAACAAUGGACGGAACUUGCGGUUCCCGAAUAUGCGAGAGUUUGCAAGCCAGGUGGAUGGGUGGAAUUGAUGGAAUUCGAUGAAGCAUUAAAGGGCGAAUGCGAAAAUGUAGAUCGAUUAUCUAAAGCAUGGUCCGACUUUGCCGAUGCAAAGGGUUUAAUUGCAUCACCGGGUUAUGAGAUAUGCGACUUUCUUAAACAAUCUAAUUAUUUUACGAAUGUUAAUUAUGAAGAAAGACAUAUCCCAGUUGGGCCAAUGGGCAGCAGCAAAGUUGCUGAUUUGGGAGUCCGAGAUUGGCGUGAUGUCUAUCGAGCAUUAAAACUCCCGUUAUCAAUGACUAUGCAGGUAUCUGCCGAACAUUACGAUGCAAUUGCCGAAUUAGCAUCACAAGAGUUGAUGAAAUCUGGCUGUACUUGGAUAAAUAUGAGGGCAUGGGGACAAAAGAUCGAUUAUGGUGUCGAUCAAUUUUCAAGCAUUUAA